AGUCUUUUGCAUGUAGCUUGGAGUUAAAAAAAACGGCAUAGUUAACCAACUACUCGAGUAGGUCGAUACAGGCUGCAGAAAAUGUGCACCAAAACUGAGUUUCCUUCAGCAAACUGGAUUUACACAAAGAUAAAACACCGGGGGAAAGUUUCUAAACGGUUAUAAUCCCUGUAUUAUCGCUGGAGUACUCCUCGGGGUGGAGGUGGACGCUAGGCAAACAUGAGGCUGUUUGACCGGGGUAUGAUGAUGCUGCUAACCACAGCCGGAGCUUUCUGUGCCUUCAGCCUCAUGACUAUCGCGGUGGGCACGGACUACUGGCUGUACUCCCGCGGGAUGUGCCGCUCCAAGAACCUGAACGACAACGAGACGCUCCGCAAGAACGAGGAGGUGCUGACCCACUCCGGCCUGUGGAGGACCUGCUGCACCGAGGGGUCUUUUCGGGGUGUUUGCAAAGACAUUGAUCACUUUGCUGAGGAUGCAGACUAUGAACAGGAUGCUGCAGAAUAUUUACUACGAGCAGUUCGAGCCUCCAGCCUCUUCCCAAUCCUCAGUGUGGGAUUAUUAUUUCUUGGAGGUGUGUGUGUAGCGGCCAGCGAGUUCUACAAGUCACGAUACAACGUCAUCCUCUGCGCGGGUAUACUCUUUGUCUCUGCAGGGCUCAGUAACAUUAUUGGCAUCAUUGUGUACAUAUCAGCCAACUCUGGGGACCCCAGCCAGAGCGACAACAAGAAGAGCUACUCCUAUGGCUGGUCUUUUUACUUUGGGGCUCUCUCCUUCGUGCUGGCUGAGGUGGUGGGCGUCCUUGCAGUGCACGUGUUCAUAGAAAAACACAGACAGCUGCGCACUAAUGGCAGGCCGUCCAUCAUGAAGCCACCCAUUUCUCGCAGCUCGUCUUUCUUCCGCAACCGUUACUACCAGAACCGCUCCAGCAGAUACAGUUGCAGGAGCAACCACAGUGCACGGGACUCCAUCUCACACUCCUUCAGAGCGUCCUUAAUGCGAGACCGGGAGCCGUCAAUCUGUGCUGAAACCAAAUCAUUGGCAGGUUUGCCCAUAGUGGACUCAGAGUUCUUGAUCUACUCCUUAAACUCGUCUCUCAAGGACGAUAAGAUGGACAUGGCUGUGGAUGAUUUGACUUCUCUGGCGUCUCUCAACAACACAGAGAUGCUGCCUGAAAACUGUGCUUCCAACCGAAAGACAACGCCUGUGUGAAAGGAAGUGAAGGAUGUACAGAGAUGAAAUACAAGAGGAACUUGUUUCGGACGAGAACAUUAAGAGAAAAUAAGUCCUCUGACUAUUUUUAGAGGAAACAGAAAAGGCUUUAGAGACCAAAAAUAGGCCUGCAUAGACUUUUCUGGCAGAAAAUAGUGAAUUCACAGUUUCUCAGAGCCCAGCGUGACAUCUUCAAAUCACAUGUUCUGUCUGACCAGCUGAAAACACAGUUAUAUUCAUUUUAGAAAAUAAAGAAAUGAAGUAUAACAUGUUUGACAGUAUGUCUUGAAUUUGUGCUAGAAAAAUGCAUCUUUUUUUUGCACUUUAUAAGUCA